AUGUCCGUCAGCCAAUUUUGCCUAAACAAAGAGUGGGACAUCAACAAAGAAAGCAUGGACACCUACAUUGCAGAGAUCAGGAAACUUGAAAAAAAGUUUUCAGGAUUGGAAAUCCACCACGUCGUCCGUGACAACAAUGUGGCAGCAGACGUCCUUUCAAAGCUUGGUUCCGACCGAGCGGAAGUACCUCCAGGAAUUUUCGUCCAUGAGCUUCAUCACCCUUCAAUCAAUAUUUCCACCCCAAUGGAAGUCGACCUAGUUCCUCAAGGAACCAGUCGAGAGGUAGUGAUGAUCGAAGCUGAUUGGCGCACUACGUUUAUCGACUACAUCAAGAACAAAGUACUCCCACCGGGAAUCAAAAAAGACGAUGCAGAAGCAGUACGCAUCAUGCGUCGCAGCAAGAACUACGUCCUUGUCGACAACAAACUCUACAAGCGAGGUGUAGGAUCUGGAAUGCUCAUGAAAUGCGUCACAGCAGAAGAAGGAAAAGGAAUCCUACAGGAAGCUCAUGAAGGCACAUGUAGAAACCACGCGGCUUCACGCACGCUGGUUGGCAAAGUCUUCAGAUCAGGAUUCUACUGGCCCACAGCAUUAUCAGACACAGAGCUACUCGUCAAACGAUGCCUAGGAUGCCAGUACUUCUCCAAAUAG